AUGGUCGAACUGGAGAAGGAGGUCCUCCCGCUGCCCCCUCGGUACCGGUUCCGAGACCUGUUGCUUGGGGACUGGCAGACCGACGACAGGGUGCAGGUAGAGUUCUAUGUGAAUGAGAACACUUUCAAGGAGCGCCUCAAGCUGUUCUUCAUCAAAAACCAAAGAUCCAGUCUGCGGGUGCGAAUGUUUAACUUUGCUCUGAAAGUGCUGAGCUGCCUCCUUUACAUUGUCAGAGUCCUACUGGACAACCCGCAAGAGCAAAGGCAGGACUGGAAGCUGAUCAUCUGGGUGGAUAGACCUCUACCGCUGUGGGCACUGCAGGUGCUUGUGGCUUUCAUCAGCUUUUCAGAAACUAUGUUGCUCGUGUAUCUAAGCUACAAGGGCAACGUUUGGGAGCAAGUAUUACGUGUCCCCUUCAUUCUGGAGAUGAUCAGCGCCGUUCCCUUCAUGAUCACUGUGAUUUUACCCUCCUUCAGAAAUCUCUUCAUCCCCGUAUUUCUCAAUUGCUGGUUGGCCAAACACGCUCUGGAGAACAUGAUAAAUGAUCUCCACAGGGCGAUCCAGCGGACGCACUCAGCCAUGUUUAACCAGGUGGUGAUACUCAUCAGCACGCUGGUCUGUCUCAUGUUUACAUGCAUCUGCGGCAUCCAACACCUUGAACGGGCGGGCAACAACUUGACCCUGUUCGACUCGCUGUACUUCUGCGUGGUCACCUUCUCCACAGUGGGCUUUGGAGAUGUCACCCCUCAGAUCUGGCCCUCGCAGCUCCUGGUGGUCAUCAUGAUCUUUGUGGCGCUCAUCGUGCUUCCCAUCCAGUUCGAGCAGCUGGCCUUUCUGUGGAUGGAGCGGCAGAAGUCUGGGGGGAACUACAGCCGCUACAGGGCACAGACGGAGAAACACGUGGUGCUGUGUGUCAGCUGCCUCAAGAUCGACCUCCUCAUGGACUUCUUGAAUGAGUUCUUCGCUCACCCCCGACUACAGGACUACUAUGUGGUGAUCCUGUGCCCAGCAGAGAUGGAUGUCCAAGUUAGGCGGGUCCUUCAUGUCCCUCUGUGGGCCCAGAGAGUCAUUUACCUGCAGGGCUCUGCCCUCAAAGACCAAGACCUGAUGAGGGCCAAGAUGGACGAUGCUGAGGCCUGCUUUAUCCUCAGUAACCGGUUUGAAGUGGACCGCAUAGCUGCUGAUCAUCAGACUAUACUCCGAGCCUGGGCAGUGAAAGACUUCGCUCCAAACUGCCCUCUGUACGUCCAGAUUCUCAAGCCAGAGAACAAGUUCCACGUCAAAUUUGCAGAUCACGUGGUGUGUGAAGAGGAGUUUAAGUAUGCCAUGCUGGCUUUAAACUGUGUGUGUCCUGGUACCUCGACACUCAUCACCCUAUUAAUCCACUCCUCCAGAGGACAGGAUGGCGGGGCAUGUUCAGCAGACCAAUGGCACCGAACCUACCGCCGCUGCUCAGCCAAUGAGGUGCACCACAUCCGCCUGGAGGAAAGUAAAUUCUUCGGGGAAUACCAGGGCAAGAGUUUCACCUUUGCCUCCUUUCAUGCUCACAAAAAGUAUGGAGUGUGUUUGAUUGGAGUACGCAGACUGGACACCACCAACAUCCUGCUGAACCCUGGUCCCUGCCACAUCAUGGGGGCCUCUGACACAUGCUUUUACAUCAAUAUCUCCAAAGAGGAGAACUCUGCAUUUGUCAGGGGCCAGAGAGAGCCAUCAUGGGGCGGCACAGGGGGAAAUGCCAGGGGAGUACAUCAAACCAUCUACCAUGGACUCACCCGCCUGCCAGUCCACAGUAUCAUCGCCAGCAUGGGCACGGUGGCCAUCGACCUGCAGGACUCCAGUGACAGCAGCCCAGAAGGCCAGGACCCGGGGAGCACGGGGAUGGGCAGCGGAAGAGGCAGCAGGAGCAGCUCCAGGACAGAGAUGAGUGGUGCUAACACCUUGGCCCUGCCUGCCAUGGGGGACUCAGCCGAGGAGCGACGGCACAGCAUUGCCCCCGUCCUGGAGCUGGUAGAUGGGGUUAACAAUCCCACCUUUGACCUGCUAGGAGACCAGUCGGAAGACGAGGGAGGGGAGGAGGGCAAGGAGGACAGUGACAGAGACGAGAGUGCCCACUGGUGGGGUCGACAGUGCGAGUGGGUGAAGGGCUACCCGCUGAACUCUCCAUACAUCGGCAGCUCGCCUGCACUGUGCCACCUUCUCCAGGAAAAGAUGCCUUUCUGCUGCCUGCGUAUGGACAAGGCCUGUCACCAUAUCCCUUUUGAGGAUGCCCGCUCUUACGGCUUCAAAAACAAAUUGAUCAUUGUGUCUGCGGAGAGUGCAGGGAACGGCCUCUAUAACUUCAUUGUGCCUCUACGGGCCUACUACCGACCCAGGAAGGAGCUCAACCCCAUUGUGCUGCUGCUGGAGAGCAUACCUGAAGCAGACUUCCUGGAGGCAAUCUGUUGGUUCCCCAUGGUGUUCUACACAGUGGGCUCCAUCGACAAUCUGGAUAGUUUGCUUCGAUGUGGAGUGACUUUUGCAGACACCAUGGUGGUGGUUGACAAGGAGAGCUCCAUGAUUGCAGAGGAGGAUUACAUGGCUGAUGCAAAGACUAUCGUCAACGUCCAGACCCUCUUCAGACUAUUCCCAGCUCUUAGUAUCAUCACAGAGCUCACACACCCGGCGAACAUGCGCUUCAUGCAGUUCAAAGUCAAAGACCACUACUCUCUGGCUCUGUCCAAACUGGAAAAGAAGGAAAGGGAGAAGGGGUCCAACCUGGUGUUUAUGUUCCGCUUGCCCUUCGCUGCAGGGAAGGUGUUCAGUGUCAGCAUGCUGGACACCCUACUCUACCAGUCAUUUGUGAAAGACUACAUGAUCUCCAUCACCAGGCUGCUGCUGGGUUUAGACUCCAUGCCUGGCUCAGGUUUCCUCUGUGCAAUGAAAAUCACAGAGGAUGACUUGUGGAUCCGCACCUACGGCAGGCUCUACCAGAAACUGUGCUCCUCCACUGGAGACAUACCCAUAGGCAUCUACCGGACAGAAGCCCACAAGCUUCCGGUCUCUGAGUCCCAGGUGUCCAUCACAGUGGAAGACUACGAGGACACCAGAGAACCCAGAGAACCCCUGUUGUCCCGGUCCGGUGCACAUCGUAACUCCACCUCAUCAGAGCCCAUCUCCACCUCCUCCCACUCCUCGGAUCACCCGCUGCUCAGGAGGAAGAGCAUGCAGUGGGCACGGCGGCUGAGCAGGAAGGGGGGUCGGGGGUCCAGCGGGGCCAAGGGGGGUCCGGGUAGUGCGGCAGAAAGGAUCAGCCAGCAGAGACUGACCCUGUUCAGGCGCUCAGAGAGGCAGGAACUCAACGCCCUGGUGCGAACGAGAAUGAAACAUUUGGGCCUUUCUCCAACUGGGUUCAAUGGGAUGACAGACCAAGGGAACAGACUGUCGUACAUCCUCAUCAACCCUUCUCCAGACACCAGACUGGAGCUUCACGAUGUUGUGUACCUGAUCAGACCAGACCCUCUCUCUCUGGUGCCCAAUCAGGGGAGCAGCAGGAAGUGCAGCGCCGGUCUCUCAGAGAGCCACAGGUUUGAUACGCAGGACAGCACCCAUCUGUGAGAGACAA